CCGUGACCAAGCGGAUAGACACAGAAUAAUGGAUGACUUAAAGAUAUGACUGAAAUAAAACUAUAUUUCAUUUUUUCGCGGUAUGAAAUGAAUUUAUUGGCAAGAAAGUGCAUCCUUGUUUAAAUUUGUGCACACAAACAAGUAGGAAAAUAUAAUCUAGUGAACGGAUUUAAUCAAACGAAAAGUUUACAUUAUUAGGGGGCGUAUCAUCACUGGUUACAUGUAACAUUUCAUAAACUAGUGUGAAAUAUCAGUGCAAACUUCAUGUAAUAUCAAAGCUUUUAUCUCAUCGGAAGCUACUAUUCUAAAUAUUGUCUAUACUAUGUGAAUUGUAAAGUUAUUUGGUUAUCUUUUAAGUAACAUUAACGCGUGUAUUGUUUCGGAUUUAUUUAUUAGUCAGAUUGAUACUGUACAUGUACGACAGUUAACCGAGGUGAUAGUCUCAGUUACUUUAAUGACUUGACAGUGAAGAAUUAACAUUAAAUAUGACUAGAUCUAUAUGGAGAUAACUUAUCUUUAAAGGUAUUCCAGGCAAACAUAAGCCCUAUUAUGAGUGCCAAAAGGCGUGGAAAUGACACCGGAAGUGUGCCCGGUGGUGGAUCAAAGAUACAGAACGUGAAGCUCGUGCUUCUAGGAGACCAGGGGGUGGGGAAAUCAAGUAUUGCUCUGAGAUUUGUACGAGGCGAAUUUACCGAAAAUUCUGAAGCAACUAUUGGUGCUGCAUUUUUAACACAGACAGUAAAUGUUUCAAACGUGUCUAUAAAGUUUGAUAUCUGGGAUACGGCGGGGCAGGAACGAUAUCACAGUCUGGCUCCGAUGUAUUAUCGCGGAGCACAAGCAGCCGUUGUUGUGUAUGAUAUAACGAACACGAAAACUUUCCAAAGAGCAAUAAAUUGGAUAAAAGAGUUAAAGCAGCAGGCGAAUUCUCAGAUUAUAAUGGUUUUGGCGGGAAAUAAGGCAGAUAUGGCGUCCGAAAAGCGUGCUAUCUCGCGAGAUGAAGCACAAGCGUUUGCGGAGGAGAAUAAUCUGAUCUUUACAGAGUCGUCUGCUAAAACUGGAAUGUGUGUCGGCGACAUCUUUAUGGCGGUCGCCCAAAGGUUAGCACAACUAAGGCCUCAAGCGGUGGAACCGGAAGGGAAGGGUAUGAAACUGGGCAAGGAUUCUGGGAAGAAAAAGGAGGGCGGGUGUUGCUGACAGAAAAUACGAGAAGAGAACUCGAUCAUACACUGAACAAACUUGUGAUAAUAAUUAUGUUUCCUUUCGAGACAAUUUUUGUUGUGCUGCAUUAUAUUUUUGCAAACUGCUAUGUGUGGACAUCGCAUUUUGGUGUUGUUUGUUUUUCAGAGAUUUUUUUUAUAUUAGGAAUGAAUGAAGAACGAGAACGUGAAUUUUAAAUGUAUAGAAAUGUAUGUUUAUCGAUCGAGAUUUUGCCAUUAAUGUGAAUUUGCGACGAAACUUAAUUUUCUGUUCAAGACUCAAUGAUAGAAACGUAUGUUUGAUCAUUUUUGCCAUGCACAGCGUUGCAAUAGGUUUUAAAAAAGACUUGUUUUCCUCAUGAGGUGAAGUACUUAACCUUCGAAUGAAAAUUAAAAAAAAAGUUAAUAGUCAGUAUUGCAUUUGAGAAGUAAUUUUAAGAUAUAUCCGUUUAACUGUAUAGACGGAUUUACACACGGCAAGUUCCUUAACAACUGAUAUAUAAUUUCGCGCAUGCGCAAUCUACGUUGGGCAAAAAAAAACGAAACAGAAAACAAGGACAAUCGUUUUUUAAAACCUUAGUUAAAUUUACUGGUAUAAUUAUACAAUGAACAAAAUACACUCAGUUCCAAAAGAAAGUGUGCACUUAGUUUUCUGUUAUUUUUUCUCGGUUAUUUUCAUGAAAACUUAUAAUGUUUGGUACCAAAAUUUAAAUCAGUUCGUUAACAAAUUGGUGUGCAUUAUAGAUUUUGAGUUAUACCUGAGAGUUAGUGUAUGAAAAAAUGAAACAAAAACGUCGGGAAAUUUUUUGAAAUAUUUAAACUUAAAAAGUGCACACUUUCAUUUGGAACUGAGUCUCAUAACUGAUUCUUAUCCUUAAUAUAAAUCGUUGUGUAUCUUCCUUUUUAUUUUACUUAUAAAUUCAAAUAUUAUUUAUCAUUUUAAUUAAGGGAACGAUUACGUGGCUAUUUUUACAUAUAAUUAAUGUUGCUCAUGUUGAUUUUGUUUCAACAUGUUAUUUUUAUAGCAACCAUUGCAAAAGUAUAAUGUAUAAGGUAACGCGCCUUUAUUACCUUGUACUUAUUAAAUACUUAUCAUUAGAAUACUCUAGAAAGAUGCGUCUGGCACCAUUCAUCUCAGAGUAUUCUUUGAUGUGAAAGUCUUAAAAUUAUGUGAAUAUAUGUGAUGUAAAUUGUAACGUAAAGGUAAUAUGCGCAUUGAAUAUCUCACAGUUUGUAUUUUAUCAUGAGUUUUUCUUGCGUUCAAGCGAUGAUGUAAAUGUGAGCGAACAUACAGGCAGUAAUAUAUUUCUUCGUAACAAGGAAUAGUGGAAUAGUAUAAAACUACACUUUUCCUUAGGAUAUUGUCGUUAUGAUACUGGUCCAUGAUGCGCCAGUCGUUAAGGCAUUUUUGUUCCUUUAUGUGAUUUCGUUGUCCAUUUAUUUUCUUAAUAUUAUAAGUAAAUGUUUAAAAGAAUACGUUUUGUUUCAUGCUGGAGUGACGCAAUGGAGAGGAGACCUUUGAUUAUAACAUUUUUGUACUUGACUAUAGUGACAAAUAACAACAUACGGUAUAUAUGUAAUCAGAUCACUGCAUUAUGUAUGACAUGAUUUCAAUAUGAAAAGAAAUCUGCAAGUUUA